CACUUGUAUCCGAUCAAAAAAAUGGCUACAACAGCAGUAAACCUACCAAUUCAUGAGCAUCCUCUUUUUCCUUCAGCUCGAUGUAUGCAAGGUGAAUGUGAUGGCUGCCAUGUAAAUGGUCUCAUGUACAGUGGCUACUUUUGCAAUGAACCUUACUGUUAUGUUUGGUUCCAUAAGGAGUGCGCCGAGGCCCCCGCGGAGAUCAACCAUAGUUCCCACCCACAACAUCCUCUCCUGCUCACCAAUGAUUUGAGAGAUGGUCCAUGUGAUUUGUGUGGACAAAAGCUAUCGCCUCCCUGUUAUAGUUGUUCCACAUGUGAGUUCAAGGUGGAUUUGACUUGUGGGAUGAAACCAUCACCGCCUGCUAUCGAACAUCCGCUUUGUCAUGACCAUCCAGUCGUCUUCUUGAAGAUACGAGAGGAGAAGGUUUCUUGUGUAUUAUGCAAGGAGUCUAUUGAAGGUCCAUCCUAUUCAUGUCUUGAAUGCGAUGUGUACUUCCACGUGGAUUGCGUCCAUCUCUCCAAAGAGAAAAGAUUUGGCAUAGGAACGAUGGGCACCCUCUCACUUUAUGCUGUGGCGAAAAGGAAAAGGCGAGCGGAGCAAUCAUCGGCUUUGGGGAAGAACGAAUUUUGUUUGAGGUGGUUCCUAACAAUCACAACACUCGACCAUUAUGCAGCCAAUGUCACUCUCGAUGCAAGGUCUCCGUCAUCCUAAAAAAACAUAAAGAAGACAAUGAGUAUAUCUGUUCCCGUUCAUGUUUAUCGAGUUAUUUGGGUGAAGAAGUUUGAACUUGCGUUUAAUGAUGAGUGGUUUUGUCAUAUGGUUGUAUUAUUUCAUUCACUGUUCUAUCUUAUAUUUCUAAGAAUUGCAAUGUAAUACAGAGUGAUUUUUGUUUUCUAAUAAAAGAUGCUGGUUAUU